AUGAUCAACUUCCCUAAGAUCCUACUCACCCUCAUGAACGUCGUCAUCCUCAUCUACGGCCUAUACCACAUAUUCAAUGCCGCUGACAUCAGCGAGUCGUCGUCGGUUAACGAGUGCCUCCGGGACAGCGUCCAUUCCAUCCGGCGGCUCGGCUUUGCCUGCUCGGCCGUGGCCCUCGUCGGGAUUGCCGGAGCUUGUCUCGACGUGCGGGCCCUACGGUACGUCUAUCUAUUGGCCCUCAUGAUCUCGACGGCCGCCGUUGUCGUUUUCUGCAUGUUCGUGUGGGCUGUCAUGCCCGGAGUCCCUGGAAAUGUCGCGUUCGGCCUCACGGCCGAGCACGGCAUGUGGCUGCGCGAGUACGGCUCGGCUGCCCAGAAGACAAUCGCCAACGACAGGGAUUUCACGGCCGCCAAGGUAUGCUUCCGGAGGAUCGACACGUGUCGGAUCAUGAAGAAUCAGACGGAGGACCAAAAAGACGUCUUGAUCGAUGCAGGGUGUUGCAGUCCUCCAAACCGGUGUGGUAUGGUGCAGGCCCCUGGCGGGCAUUGGGUGGUGGCAGGCUACGGGCUCAACUCGACAGAUGCCGAGUGCCAACAGUGGGCCCAAGUGGGCCUCAAUUGCUUCGACUGCGACUCCUGCAAGGCGGGCUUCUUGGGCUCUUACCAGAAUAAGUGGGACAACAAUUCGGGUGCACGAGUCAUGUCCGUAAUGGGCCUAAUAGCAGGAUUGUCUGUCGCGUGUUAUAUAUACGUCAUCGAUCGGUAUCAAGGGAGUAGAGAGGAUUUAUCACAACAUAUGAAGCUUGUGAGCACUAACGUUUGA